CCCGAAAUAUGGGGAAAAAAUUACAGAAAAAUCGGAGAACACUGUAAAGGGUGGAAACGGGGCGCAGAGGGGAUGCUGAGGCUCCCGCGACCAGUAAAAAUGGGAAGUACUGGAUUCUGGUUUCCUCCAAGAAGAGUCAGCGGAACUGGUUAAGACCAAAAUCUGAGGACUUUAGUGGGCAAACAUCAGUCCCCUUUUGCUUUCUUUUACGACCACAUGAAACUUGAGAAGCCAUCUAAAGCUAAAUCAUUUAGUGGAGUUGGGCAAUUCCCAAGUGUCCAACAAGAAGGCCUGGUUUAGGCUGCGAUGGCCACUGUCAUUCCUGGUGAUUUGUCAGAAGUAAGAGAUACCCAGAAAGUCCCUUCAGGGAAACGUAAGCGUGGUGAAACCAAACCAAGAAAAAACUUUCCUUGCCAACUGUGUGACAAGGCCUUUAACAGUGUUGAGAAAUUAAAGGUUCACUCAUACUCUCACACAGGAGAGAGGCCCUACAAGUGCACACAACAAGACUGCACCAAGGCCUUUGUUUCUAAGUACAAAUUACUAAGGCAUAUGGCUACUCACUCUCCUGAGAAAACCCACAAGUGUAAUUAUUGUGAGAAAAUGUUUCACCGCAAAGACCACCUAAAGAAUCACCUCCAUACACACAAUCCCAACAAAGAGGCCUUUAAGUGUGAAGAAUGUGGAAAGAACUACAACACCAAGCUGGGGUUCAAACGCCACCUGGCCUUGCACGCGGCGACCAGCGGCGACCUCACCUGUAAGGUAUGUUUGCAGACUUUCGAGAGCACGGGCGUGCUGCUGGAGCACCUCAAGACCCACGCGGGCAAGUCGUCGGGUGGGGUGAAGGAGAAAAAGCACCAGUGUGAACACUGUGACCGUCGGUUCUACACCCGCAAGGAUGUCCGCAGACACAUGGUAGUGCACACUGGAAGAAAGGACUUCCUCUGUCAGUACUGUGCACAGAGAUUCGGGCGGAAGGAUCACCUCACGCGCCACAUGAAGAAGAGUCACAACCAAGAACUUUUGAAGGUCAAAACGGAGCCAAUGGACCUUCUAGAUCCCUUUACCUGCAACGUUUCUGUGCCUAUUAAGGAUGAGCUGCUUCCAGUGAUGUCUUUACCUUCCAGUGAACUGACAUCAAAGCCAUUUACAAACACUUUGCAAUUAAAUCUCUACAACACUCAGAUUCAGUCCAUGCAGAGUUCUGCGUCUGCACACCAAAUGGUUGCCACAUCGCUGCCGUUGGGCAUGCCUUGUCCCAUAGACAUGGAGUCUGUCCACCCUUCUCACCAGCUCUCGUUGAAAUACCCGCUCGGUACUACCUCAUACGCAAUUUCUAUGCCUGAAAAAGAACAGCCAUUGAAAGGGGAAAUCGAAAGUUACUUAAUGGAGUUGCAAAGUGGUAUGCCUUCUUCCUCCCAGGAUUCGCAAGCCUCUUCAUCAAAGCUAGGUCUGGACCCGCAAGUCGGGCCGCUAGAUGACGGGUCCGGGGAGGUUUCCCUUUCCAAGGGCUCCGUUCCCAUCAGCGAACCUCUAAACACCCCAUCGUUGGACUUCUCGCAGCUGUUCAACUUCAUCCCUGUCAACGGCCCUCCCUACAACCCUUCCGUGUCGGUGGGGAACCUCGGCAUGAGCUACACGCAGGAGGAGGCACACUCUUCUAUGGCUCAGCUUCCACCGCAAACCCAGGAUCCGCAGGAUCCUAGCAAUAGUAUAGGGCUUGGGUCUCUGCACUCGUUGUCGGCGGCUUUCACGAGCAGUCUAAGCACAACCACCACCCUCCCACGAUUUCAUCAAGCUUUCCAGUAGGAUGUACAAAGCUGGCUUGUUGCUGUCUAUCUGUAGAAAUGCCUUAGGUGACCAUUUUUAACUUAGUGCCUACAAGAAGACAUUAUCACUUUCUCUGCUUUUGUACAGUACCAAUCUCAUGAAGCCAGUAAGAAAUCUAAAUUAACUUUUUAAAAACA